AUGGUGAGCGCUUCCGCCGCCUUCGGCUUCUCCUACCUCUACCUGUGUUUGACCUUCGCCGCCCUCGAGCUCUCCACCUUCCUAGACUCGCAUAGCGGUGCCGGCAAGGGCACCACGACAUGCGCUGAAGCCCCACUGUUCCACAUCACGGCCGAGGUUUUGCCGCCGUUGGCUGCGGUGGUGGUCCUCUUUGUCGCCGUCGCGCUCACCUACCGUCACCUGAGUCAUCGCCACGCCUACGCCAUCCCCAUGGCCGGCGCGGGAAACGGGCGGCGCCCGAUCUCGGGGUCUGGGCUCAUCAUGUUCGUGCUAUGCGUCUCCGCCGGCACGCUCGAGUAUAUCGUGUUCGGGGGCAGGCUGCCGGUGGUGGUGCCAAUCACGGCGCGCUCGGCCUAG